GUGGGAAAACUCGGUUAAAAUACGUGUAGCAAUAGUUUUUAUAUCUUAUUUAGGUGAACAUGUAUAUAACUCGGUCAACCAUUGAGAGCGCAGAUAGUUUUCAGGAACACGCCCCCUCGCGCUGUGAUAUUAAUAUUCAUGAGAUCAGACUCAGCCGGCCAAUCAACACAAAGCCAGCAGGAGGUUUUUUCACAAGGAGGCGCGGUUUGUUCUAAAAACAAAAAAACCAAACCUUUCGACUGUCACAGUUACCGAGGAAGUGGGUUAGUGAAGCUCUCGUGGAUGCUAUCACGGAUAAAAUUCGUUUGAGUGGAUUUUGAAGCAGUCUAUGACGGCGGUUCAGCGGGCUGAGGAGCUGGCGUUAUCAAGCUAACGAGCUAACCCGCCGUGUUUGCAUAUUUUUUUUGCACUUGCUCCGCGGUGAACUUUGAAUAAUAAAGAGAAAAAAAAUAAUUAUAAAAAAUGUCUGGAGAGCCACUUCUCGUCACGGUGGAGACUGCCGCUGGGGCCCCGAGUUCAUUCCCGCUGGUUUUGAAGAAAAUAAUGGAAAUGCCUCCGCCGAAUAUACUGGACGGAGACGACGACACCGACAAGGAAAAGCUGUGUCUUGGAGACACCGGUGACCUGGGUGGAGGAGGGAGUGACAUGGGUCCUUCGGCCGCUCUGACCCCAGCUAUCUGGGAGAAAACCAUCCCCUAUGAUGGUGAGACCUUCCACCUGGAGUACAUGGACCUGGAGGAGUUCCUCAUGGAGAAUGGCAUUCCCACGUCACCAGAGGAGAACUCCUUAAAGGGCACGCCAGAAGGAGGCGCCAUGAAGACGGAGAACCAAAAGGCUACAUCCUCUGCACAGACAAAGAUCACCAAGCUAGUGUCUCCAUUGACUCUGUUGCCCAUUCAGGAGCUGGACAAGAGUCAGGAGGAAGUGGUGAUCAUCACAAAGAGUGAUUCUGACAUCACCUGUGAUGUUGUUACAGAGGUGACCACUGGCAAGGACAGGGUGACUCCUGAGCCCAUCAGCCCUGAAGAAAUUGAGGUUGAGGUCAACUACGAGCCAGAUCCUACAGAUUUGGUCCUGUCGAGCGUGCCCGGGGGUGAACUGUUUGACCCGCGCAAACACAAGUUCUCUGAAGAUGAUCUCAAGCCACAGCCUAUGAUUAAGAAGGCCAAGAAGGUGUUUGUGCCCGACGAACAGAAGGAUGAGAAAUACUGGCAGAGGAGGAAGAAGAACAACGUGGCGGCUAAACGUUCCCGCGAUGCCCGCAGGCUGAAGGAAAACCAGAUCACUGUCCGAGCUGCGUUCCUGGAGCGUGAGAACACGGCGCUGCGGACGGAGGUGGCCGAGCUGCGGAAGGAGUGCGGCCGCUACAAGAACGUUGUGGGGCGAUAUGAAAACAAAUACGGACCACUGUAAGGGACGAGGAAAACACACAUGUGAAUACACAAAAGGACAUGCAAACCUGACAGUGUCAAUAUUUAGAAAGAUAGAUAUUUUUAAGACCUGAUCUUUUGCCAUGUGACCGGAUACAAACCUACCGUACCGCUGAAGAGAGGGAUGGCCUUAGCUGGAAGAGAGGGGGAGGAAGAGGGGAGAAUGAGACCCCUGUAUAGCCUACACUGUGAUGAAAGUCCGUCAGGGGGGUUGAUUUGAAUAAUUGUGAGUGUAUUUGGUGAACAAACCUGCUUACAUUUGAGUCACAAUAACGUGGGAAUGAGUAAAACGGCAGAGGCUUUCCUUCCAUGUGGUACCUAAGAAGGUAAAGGGAGAUGAGCCUAAAGCCUCACUCAUGUUGGAUAUUCUACUUUACAAUAACUUCUUGGUAGUCCCACACACCAGCCUUCAGAGCUGCCAGUUGCUUAAUACUGGCCUCUCUUCUCCCCCCUUCCUUCCAUUGUCAUUCAUCCUUGUUCUCUUCUCUUUUAAGAGCGGUGCCAGAUGACGAAUAGACAACAGUUGAUUUAUUCAUUUAUUUUUCCUAAUGAAUAAAUAAAUCCUUUGGUUGUUACGUGGAAGAAGAGGAUGAAGAACAGACGAGCCUGUGUGAGGGCCGAUGCUGCCAGCGAGAUGUUAUAGCAUGUUAAGAUAUCAUUUUUAAAAAAAAUCAUUAUUAUUAUUAUAUUUAGCAUCUGUGCAAGUGAGAGGGGUGUGUGAGGAUAUUCAAGUGCUUCUUUGGUGCACCUCGCUUCUGAGGUGUCUUUUUUUUAUCAUGUUUUGUACGACCGAUGCUGAGAUGAGAUUGUUUGUGAUGUUCGGGCUUUGAUUUUUACAUACAGUAGGUUUGGUUUUGUUUUUUUAGGUAGCACAUGUAAUGGUUUAGGAUACACGGCUUCCUUAUUGGGCUUUGCAGGUUGCUUGCAGCAGUUUUAUAUCAUAAUAUAAGAGAUUGUGCAACGAGUUGGGUUUUUCUUUAACCACAAAGACUUCUUUCUUUGACUGUGACAUUUCCAAUAACCUAAAAGCUUCUUCAGGGGAUUUCUGUGACUUGGCAGGAAAAAACAAACAAACAAAAAAAAGCAGCCAUGUUCAAUUUUCUUCAUGUAUGAGCUUUCUACUAGCGGCGGCUCAGAGCUGUACAUAAACGCUUGGUCCUCCCUGUUUCUGUGCUUGUCGCCCUCGUGCUGUGUCCCUCAGAGUUGUUGCCUCUCUGCGGGUUGUCGAUGUGGACUCGUCCAUUUUCUGUCAGCAACACUUCAGAAGUGUCUGUGUAGAGUCUACUGAUGCAUGCACUGUAAAUAACUCAGGCUAAUGUAAUACAGUAAAAAUGUAUUUAGCAUCAUAGACCAUACAUACAGUGCUAUUUGAAUCUUUAUUUACCAUUUACACCUGCUUCCGUAUUACAGGUUUUCUGUCGAAUCACACAGAGCGCCUCUUCAGUCUCCAUAACACAGACUGUUGUGGGACACCUCUUUAAACCCUUUGAGUGUUUUCUACGUCUAAAGCCAUUUCAAUGCAGCGAGCAGUCUGCCAGUGUACAGUUAACUUUGCAUCCAAACUACAGCUGUGACUUACCCGCCGGUUACUUUGCUGUCCACUUUUGACAAAAAAGGGAAAGCGGUUUAUUUCUCUUUUGCUGCAGGGCUUCCACAUCUAUAACUGUUCUCACUUUGUAACCUAAAUAAAAGUGAACAUUGUGUUCUUUACAAUUUUUUUUCUUUUCAUUUUUUUAAAAAACAGCUUCUUCUUAAUGAAGGGGCGUGUGCAUUUUUGUGAAGUACAACUACAAGUAGGAUUUUUGUGUAAAUAUUCCAGACCGACAGAAAAUUGUUUCACUCCAAGCUUUUUGUUGUUGCAAUGGUUGUUGCAGCUUCUCAGGAACAGGUCAUUUAGCUAACUUUGUUGUGUGGGGUUUUUUUUAAAACCUUUCUGGUUACAUCUUUGUAAAGAAACAUCUUUGAGUGAGGCAAUCUUUUGUCUUGUAUUUACAUUAUGUAAGAUUAAAGCCUUGUUGACCGAA